AUGGGAACAUAUGUUCCUAAAUCUGGUAGGGGAAACACAAGGGCUGCUAGGAAUGGGAAGGGUAAGGGUAGUGAUGUGAUAUCUGAUGUUGAGGAUGAUGAGGACAGUGAAGAUGUUGACUUUGAGGAAACUGGCAGUGAUGGGAGUGAUGAAGACAGUGAGGAUGAAACAGACAUUGGUGACUUCAUUGUUGAAGAGGAGGGGUUGGAGGAUUUGAUGGAUGAAAUCCAUGAGAAGUCAUUUGAGGAUUGUUUAGAUGGGAGCUCAAAAAUGGACAAAAAUUACAAGAAUGGAAAGUAUAGGGAGGCUUUUCUUGAUGUUCUUAAGGACUAUUGUAUACAGGAGGGGUUUGGGUUAAGUGUUGAGAAGGCAGACAGUAGAAGAUACACUGCUGUUUGUGCAAUUGAGGGGUGGAUUGGAGGAUUCAUGUUUCAAAGAUGGCUGAUAAGAUGA